AUGUCUGUGCUGCAGACCAUCGUUCAGCACACCAAUGUAUAUGGGGCCAAAAAUCAGCAAGGAAGAGAAAAGCCAUGGAAUACCAUCUCGGUUGAAGAUUUCAAGUCUUACCUGGCACUUGUUGUGUACAUGGGUCUCGUGAAGGUCUCUGCCCUGACUGAUUAUUGGAGGAGGUCCCGAAUCUACAGUCAUCCCCUUCCUGCUGAGAUCAUGUCCUGUAGGAAGUUUCAUACCAUCACAAGCGCUCUUCAUCUUAGCGAUCCUCGGGAUGAUGAAGAAAACGAAAAGAAGAAGGGAACAGCAGCCUACGACCGCUUGGGGAAGAUCAAGCCUCUCUAUGACAACAUUAGGGAUGCCUGCAGGACAUUUUUUCAUCCAAAUCAGAACAUCUCCAUAGAUGAAAGGAUGGUGGCAUCCAAGGCGAGGUCUGGACUCAAGCAGUACAUGAAGAACAAACCCACUAAAUGGGGCUACAAGCUUUUUGUCUUGGCAGACUCCCUGUGUGGCUACACCUGUGAGUUCUUCGUGUACGAGGGUAAGUCAAUGCCAUCUCAGAAGGGGCUGAGCUAUGAGUCUGUCAUGGCACUCGUAGAUGAAAAGAUGUUGGGCACUGGUUACAAGCUAUACGUCGACAACUUUUACACUAGUCCCAUGCUUUUCAGAGACCUCCUCCAUAAGAAGAUUUGGGCAUGUGGCACCAUUCGUCCAAACAGGAUCGGUUUCCCAAAGACAGUCACCAACAGACUACCACGGAAUGCUCCACGAGGGUCCAUGCGAUGGCUAAGAGAGGAUGAGCUGCUGUUUGUGGAAUGGAAAGACACCCGGGAAGUGCUGAUGUGCUCCACAUUCCACAACGCAUAUAAAGGUGACACAGUGCGAAGGAGGUUGAAGAACAAAGAUGGGCAGUGGUCUGAAGUGCAAGUGCCUAUUCCCUGUGCUGUGCUGGACUACAACAGGUUCAUGGGGGGAGUGGACCUGUCCGACGCCCUCAUUGGGUACUAUAAAGUGCUCCACAAGACACGGAAGUGGUACCGAACCUUCUUUUAUCACUUUGUGGAUAUUGCUGUUGUCAAUGCCUUCAUUUUGCAUCAGCAUCUGGCCAGAGCACGGAAUGAAAAACCCCUCACCCAGAAAGCAUUCAGGGAAACGCUUGUUCUGGAACUCGCAGGCCUAGAAUCACGGACAGCUGCUCCUCGGGCUUCAAGUGAUGCUUGCCACAACCCGACACACAUUACAGAUGACAGCACUGCUGGACGGAGAAAGUGUAAGCUCUGUCAUCAGAAGACACCAGUCAUGUGUGCAACAUGUGAGGUGCCACUGUGCUUUCUGCCUAAAAGGGACUGUUACCAUGACUGGCAUAAGCAGGGUGGAAAAUAUUAA